GAAAAUAUUCACAGAUUCGAAUUCCAGAAAAGAAAUAACCCCUCCCUUAACGUCUGGGCUGCUGCGUCGAGUCGAUGAGACCAUCUACAUGUGGCUGCUGAUGCAUUUGCAAUCACUACCAUCCUGGUCUUGCUGCGGGCUCGUAGACGGUUCUGCACCCAAAGUCAGAUGAGCUGAAUCAACAUCCCGCGCCUCUGUUGUCAACUUUGACCCUCACACCAUUGUUCUGCCAACACCUCAAGUAGCGAGACACUCCGCUCCACAGUACUCACUACUGCCAGUCGCUCUCCCUUCUGAUGCGCAUCCCAACCCUCCCCGUCCUGUGACUCCUCUCAGCCAUCCUACUCCGAUGUCCCAUUCUCGAUCGGUUUCACCACUGCCCAACGGAGGAUGGAAUGCACCGGGUCUGACUGAGCGCAGCUCAACACCCAACGGCUUAUACGCAGGAGCCAACAAUUACAGCAACAAUGACGAUCAGUGGGCUGCGGCAAAGGCAAGAAGUGCCCAAGUGAGAGGAUAUCCCAGCGUCCAGACCAAGAAUGAGGGCUUCUUUCUGCGGUCCAAGCGGAAAAUCUCCUCGACACUGCCCGUCUUCAGUCCCUACACUCCUUUGUCGGCCAACUGGAAAGAUCCAGAGAAACUUGGCCGCAGCCGGUGGUAUCCAAGAGGCGGUGGGAGUUUGGCAAGAAUAAAGACGUUUGCUGGCAAUGUCUUGAGGAGGUUCAAGUUUCUGUUCAUAAUACUGUCCAUUGUCACACUGACCACGGUGAUAUUGUCCCAGACAAACGUGCUGUCCAAAUACCGUGGCAAUUCCCACCUCGGCGGCGGAAGCAAAUUCGUUAUCAUCCUCGGAGCAAACGAGGGCGGCGGUGUUAUGGAAUGGAAAGGUCCCAGAGAAUGGGCCAUUGAGCGCGACAGCGUGAAAAACAAAAAGAGAUAUACCGAAAGAUGGGGAUACGUAUUAGAUAUUGCAGACAUGAGCACCAAGAAGAGAUACGCCCACGAAUGGCGCGAGAGCUGGGAAAAGGUUGACCUGAUCCGAAACGCCAUGGCCAGGUAUCCGAAAGCUGAGUGGUUCUGGUGGCUCGAUUUAAACACCUUCAUCAUGGAGCCCUCAUUAUCACUACAAUCCCACAUAUUCAACAAUCUCGCCAAAAACGUGUACCGCGAUAUUAAUGUCUACAACCCUCUCGACGUCGCCCACCCUCCCGUUACCGAGUUUCUUGAUCCAGUCGCUCGGUCACCCACUGGUGACAAUCUGACGUCCUCUAUCGACAUCAUCAUCCCUCAAGACUGUGAUGGGUUCAACCUGGGGUCUUUCUUCGUCCGACGAUCUCCAUUCACAGACCGGCUACUUGAUCUGUGGUGGGACCCUGUCCUCUACGAGCAAAAACAUAUGGAAUGGGAACACAAGGAGCAAGAUGCGCUGGAGCACCUUUAUGCAUCACAGCCUUACCUCCGGACCCAUUUCGCAUUUAUCCCCCAACGGAAAAUCAAUUCAUUUCCCCCUGGUGCAUGUGCCCUUCAUCCAGAGCCAGGGCAGGUUGUCGAAGACGGAAAACCUCUUUUGGAUCCUAGAUUCCACUACAACGAGCGCGAGCGCGACUUCAUGGUGAACAUGGCCGGGUGUGAGUGGGGUCGAGAUUGUUGGGCCGAAAUGUAUAUGUACCGCGAACUCAGCAACCGACUCAACCGGUCCGGGUGGGAAAGGUUCAAAGAUCUUGUCAGUGACAAGUGGGCCAAUUUGAAGAAGGCCAUGUUCGAAGAAAAGGCCACCCCGCGACCGGGCUGACACCUCCACCAUUUUGUUUCCAUUACCGCCUGACUGGCUGCCUAGAGGUUAUACAAUCGCCAGAGCAUCCAUAGCCGGCCGGCCGAGGUUUCACUCUGGUGGGCAGAACGUCAUCUCGAAAUGCCUGUGAAGCUCUCAGGCAUCUACUCCCCCUCAUCGACUUUUCAGCGCAAUAUGCUAGCUGUCUGGAAUAUGUCAGACCUCAAUGGCUGGUACCAAUUGAACGACUAUCAACAGCUUCACAAUUGAGCGCUGUUAUUUUCUCCGAGCGUACCAGAGGACAAACAGAAUCAUGUAGCUCGGAGUGGCGAAAUUCUUUGUCUUUCAAUGUGUAUACUUAGAUGGGUAGGCAUUGUGGGAUUCCAUGGACUGGCCUUCACGGAACAAAAUAGACUGGCGGAGUUUUCAAUGGGCGGAAAAUCUGGCAUGGUCCGCAUCUCAAGCUGUGGUCAGCCACUCACUCUCUCAGGAUCUCUUACACGCCUGAACAUGGAUGAGACGCAGAUUAAUACAGACACCCACCGGGUGGCACGACCCAGAUAUGUCAAUAGCAUUCUGAUCUGUGCUAAAUCCUACAAAAGCCACGACUUGGCACUCGAGCCGAUUGCAAUACUCAUUCAGCAGUGAUCUUGAAAUCUAGCGGCUGACAGACAUCAAGCCGCUCAUCGGGCCCUCAGCCUUGCCAACAGCAUUCAGCCUUGUACAAUCGGUGGAUCUUCCCUACUUCGUCGUCCCUUCCUCUCUGCCGUCCGUCUUUGGCCGUGGUUUUCCUUUUUGCGUUUUCCUUUUCUCCGACUUCGUUGCGGCUGUGUCUCUUGGUCUGGUAUCG